UGAGCGGCAGUCGGCCAUGGGCUCGCUUUGACAGCAGUCGUGAAAGCGCGCGUGGGUUUCGCGCCAAUCGCAUUGAAAAGUUUUUUUCUACAAAUUGUGUAGUGAGCGUGAACUAGGGUGUGUUUAUGUUAAGUUUAUACUCUAUGGUAAGAUAAUGUGGUGUCUCGAGUUUCGUAGAAGUGAAUACCAGGAUAUGUAGUAAUUGCUCUAUGGAUUAUUAGACGUCUGUAUUUUAUUGUUUUUACGGGUUUCUUGUUUUAAAUUUAUACAAGUGUAAAAAACGUGAUUGUGAACAAUAAGUGCCUUAAUAUGUGCUAACGAACUGUCAAUAAUGUCAAAGUGCAAACACAAAGACGAUGGCCCUGCGGAAUGACAUGGAUUCCAGUUUCCUCCCGGCGGACCCGCCGCCACACUCGGACCAGCCGUACCAGCCAAAGACAGACCUGGCCACGGAGUACUUCAACACAUUCAACCAAAUAUGCGAAAACUAUCGAGACGACAGGAUCACGGAGCCGAGGCCACCAGUCCUGAGGCCCGUAGACAGCAUACGCUUCUCGGCAGAUACCCUCCGCGUGUCCUCCGAAAUCCUCGACGGCAGCAGAGAGUUCAUAAGCACGGAUUUUCAAGACAUGAACUUCAGUGAAAAGUUGCUGAAGGAUGAACAGGUUUUUCAGUUUGGUCAGCCGGAUGCGUCUGCGCUGCUCAGAGUGCGAGCGAGACGGAGGUAUAAUGAGGAGCACGGGAUACCGACGGUGACCAGUCAGGAGAGUGGGUAUGGCAGUGAUGAGUUCGGUCACGACUCCCCCAGCCGGUAUGCGUCUCCAAAAGGCGCAGGCGGGGGUGCAGCGGGCUACCAGGAGCCCUAUUAUGGUGGCGAGUGGGCUUCGGGGUACUACCAACCCCCGCCACCGUAUCAUCAUGACCCUUAUGCCACAUCACCUGGCAUAGGCGCGGGCGCGUCAGGUGAGCCGAGCGCGGCGGGCGGCGCUGAGCUCCCGCUGCCUCCCAUGUCUUCAUUCAGAGCAGCCGCCCCUGUGCACUCACCAACAGAUCCAAUGCUCGUCGCCAAACCCACUAUGCAGCCGAUGUACGGCGGAGCCGCAGGAGCAGCGGUCAGCGGAGCGGGCGAAGCCGGCUCGCUGUCUUCUUACGGGUCAUCGCCCUCCACGCCCGUACAUUCGCCGCCCCCGCUGCAUGCGCGGCUGUACCCGCCACUCAAACACUCGCCGCAUCACCCGCAUCACGCGCAUCAUAAUGGACAGCAAGCAAACUGGGUAUCAUCAGGAGUGUCAUCACCACCCAGUGCGUCAACCCCCCACGCGCCACUAACUAACGCGGUGCUCCCCAACGGACACCACGUCGGCGUCUUCCCGCCACCAGUUAUGGGUGCUCCGGCGGAACAGAGGCAGCUCGACGAGGCCAUGGUCUUCCUCCGCGAGCACAACGAUGUCGGGGGCGCCCGAAUGGAAGAGAGAUUGGACGACGCCAUCAACGUGCUACGGAAUCACGCGGAGGCGCCCGAUAUGUAUCCACAGGAUGUUCACUCCCACCAGCCGCCGCAGGCGAGUCGGCUCGGCGGCCUGGCGCAUCUUCAGCCGGAGCCCGUCAAAAUGGAGCGACAUCUCUUGCCCAAUACGAAAAAGCGCAAAGAGCCGCCGGAUUCCGGUCUGGACUCGAAGCCGUCGUCUUCGGGGUCGGCCGACGCGCUCGGCAAGCCGCCCAAUAACAAGCGAUCGAGGAGAUAUUUGUCCGUCAGCUGCUCGUCGGCGGACGAGGACGACCUGGACCCUGACGCGAAGGCGGCGCGCGAGAGAGAGCGGCGCCAGGCCAACAACGUCCGAGAGAGGUGGUCGGCUGAUCUCUCUCGCGCGCUGUCUUCCGCUCGAAGUUGCUCGUCAGCUGAUGAAGGCGAUGAUGAAUUGGAUCCACAGGCGAAGGCCCUGCGGGAGAAGGAGAGGCGGCAGGCCAACAACGCGAGAGAGAGGAUACGAAUAAGGGACAUAAACGAGGCGCUGAAGGAGCUGGGCAGGAUGUGCAUGACGCACCUAAAGAGUGACAAACCCCAAACGAAGCUCGGCAUCCUCAACAUGGCCGUCGAAGUCAUCAUGACGCUCGAACAGCAAGUCAGAGAGCGCAAUCUAAACCCGAAGGCAGCCUGCCUGAAGAGGCGCGAGGAGGAGAAGGCGGAGGACGCUCCCAAGCUGCUCGCCGCGCCCCUGCACCACUACCAGCACAUGCCGGGCAUGGGCCAGGUGUCGGGUCAACCGCCGUCGGGGCCGCCGCAGCAAUAACGAAUCGGCUCCAACGCGCACGCACACACGCACGCACACAUACACUAACACGCACACACGGCCGCACCGCCUCUAGCCGGCACUAGGAGGCGCCUCCGUGGCCUUUGCGCUUAAUGUUCUCCGAAGCAAUCUCGUUUCGUUCGUUUUGGGACCGAAGCAGUGUUACAGAAAUAGCUGGCUCUUUUCUAUCUCUCUCUUCAGAUCUUCGUUCGUCUCUCUUCUGAUUAUUAAUUAAUUUUUGUAAAAUUCGUUUCGUGUUUUUCCGUAACGUACGUCUGUUUCCACGUGAAACGCCGAACGCGCUCGCAGACAUUCCAAUCAGACGGAAGCAAUAAUCGCAAAGGGCACGCUCAGUGUCAGACACGCUCGGGUCGAGUCGAGAUCGUCCGUACGGUGUGUCAGUGCGCGAGUGACUAAUUGGACUCUAAAUAGGAUUUAAGUGUGUAUAUUACCUAGGCCUAGGGAAUAGUUUUAUAUCCUGAACCAUCGAGAUGGAACUUUUUUAAUGUCUUACGCCCGAAGACGAGCGGAAGCGGAAAAUUGUAAAAUAAUAUUAGAUAUAUGUAGAAAUAAUAAUAAAUAUAUAAGAAAAAGAUAUUUUAAUUACGAUUUUAAAUAAUUUCGCUGCCAUAAGCGUAGUCUAAGGUCCGGAGUCCGUCUUCGUGGCCACACCGCUCCGCCGUCCCCCCCGCCCCCCCGUCCCUCUUUGCGUUUUCGGUCCCCCGAUGUUAAGCUCGACAAUAACUCCCCGAAGGUGGCCUCUGGACGUUUCUAUUAGAAUUUUCUUUUAAGAAGAUCGAGGGUGACUCGUUCGGAGACGGCGUCGUCUGCCGCGUGCUCUUCCCCGUUUCCGCCGAGGUGCGGAGGGCGAGGGCGGAGGGGGAAGACCCCGCGCUAAUCGUUGGCUGCUAACUUAAGUGACGUACUUAAGAUUUUUAUUUUACUCCAGUGAUUUUUUUACGAUUUACCCCGUAUACAGGUUAUUUUUACGCGUUUGCGUAUCUUUUUAUUUAUAUUCGGUAGCUAUUGUUUUGAUUUGGAUAGCGUACUUAUGUUUUCGAAGCUCGAUUGUGAAUUUAAUUAUGAUGUUAAUCGGACGCAUGACAAAUGUAAUUUUGCUCGACGAAU